CUAGGAAACGUCAGUUGAAUAUUGCGGUUUGCGGUAGAAGGUGAACAGUCGUGCACUUUCCGCUAAAAUUUGUAAUUCCGCACUUUCACCGUUUUUCGUGUUUAAUUUAAAUAUAAUAUUUUGUACUAAACAUUCAUAUUCUUGUCGACCUGUAAUAACAUUAUUGAUUGCGUGAGCAUGCGGUAAUAUAAAAGGCAGUGCAUUUUUUCUAGACAGACUGGUUUUUUGUGCUAAUUUUCCCCCUUUUUGGCACGAGUUAUUUGGAAUCCAUCAGCGAACCAUUUAAAAGAACAUGGUCUUGAGACUCCACACGCGGCACGCUUGUUGACGGACAAUGGGCCACUUCCACAGAGCACCGUCUUUAAGUUACACAUCUCAGGGUUCCAGUUAGUCCCCGCGCAUGUGUUGAUGGGCGCGGCGGGCGGCGGGCGGGCGGCGCGGGCGCUCCGCCUGCUCUUACUGCUGGUUCUCGCGCUGGCUGCCGUGGAGUACCUCUUCGGCUCCAUCCUGGACGCGUCGCCACUCCGCACGUAUCUGUACACGCCGAUAUAUAACGCUACACAGCCUACUGUCAAACCCGGUGAUAAAUCGCCGCAAUCCUGGCCUAAACUAGCACUAGCUAUACAAAACGAAACCCACAAGUCUCAACUGAACAAUACUAUAAGCAAUAACAACACUUUCAACAUGAUGCGAAGGAAUGACACAGACUAUACAAGCACUCCGCUCUUACUCACUAAAAUAAUGGAGGGAAUAAAAAAUUUGGUGACUACAGAAGACGGAAUAAAGUUCAAUGAACCCAGCUUGCCGCUCUGCGACGAAAUGCCUCCAGAUUUAGGUCCAAUAACUGUAAACAAAACGGAGAUAGAACUGGACUGGGUGGAGAAGAAAUAUCCUGAAGUACACAGAGGAGGACGCUACUCCCCACCCAACUGUACAGCGAGGCAUAAAGUUGCUAUUAUUGUACCGUACAGGGAUCGCCAACAACAUUUGGCGAUUUUCUUGAACCACAUGCAUCCUUUUUUAAUGAAACAACAAUUGGAGUAUGGAAUAUUUAUCGUCGAGCAAGAAGGUUCUAGCGACUUCAACCGGGCAAAGCUGAUGAACGUCGGCUUCGUUGAGAGUCAGCGGCAGAAGGCCGGCGGUUGGCAGUGUUUCAUCUUCCACGAUAUAGACUUACUGCCUCUGGACUCUAGGAACUUGUACUCGUGCCCUAAACAACCGCGGCAUAUGUCCGCGUCUAUAGAUAAACUUAAUUUUAAGUUACCUUACGAAGAUAUCUUCGGCGGUGUGUCGGCGAUGACAAAAGAGCAAUUCACUAAAGUCAACGGCUUCUCCAAUAAAUACUGGGGUUGGGGAGGCGAGGACGACGAUAUGUUCUAUAGAAUUAAGAAAAUGAACUACCACAUAGCUAGAUACAAGAUGUCCAUAGCACGAUACGCGAUGUUGGACCAUAAGAAGUCUGCACCUAACCCCAAAAGGUACCAGCUCCUCUCGCAAACCAGCAAGACAUUCCAAAAGGACGGGCUAUCGUCCCUCGAGUACGAGCUAGCGAGCGUCACGCAGCACCGCCUGUACACACACGUGCUAGCCAAUAUAGACGAGCGCAGCUGACGCACAUACUUCGCCAAACUGCUGUUUGGCGAUGCGCGGUAACGCGUUGUGAUAGGUGUAACUGCAAAUUUUUUCGGUUUUUUUUUUGUAUAGGAUGAUGGAAUUUGAGGCAUAUGUAGACUUGGCACAUAGAUACAUGAGGGUUAAAGUUAAAGGAUAUGGAAAGGACACACCACUUAUCUUUUAAACUAUAAAAGAUAAGUGGUGCAGUUUUAGAUGUGAUUCGUGAGCUUGUAAUUUGUAAAUGGAUUGUAAAGGGUUUCGUUUCAUUUAAUAGGCAUAGGUUGAUCGCAAAGAGCAAGAUUAGUAAGACUUUAUUCUUUCGAGGUUACGUCAUAACAAUAUCGAGUGUUCUUCUUGUAUGUCAUUUUGCAAUUGUUUCAGAUUUCUAUUUGUUUUGUGAUGAAUUUAUAUAAAUUUAAUUUUAUAUUAUUUUCUAUGAAUAUAUAUUGUUUUAGGUUUUACCUCUAUAUUUUGUGAUGAGUCAAUAAAUCCUUCAUGUUUAAUCUUUUAUUGAAUUGAACACACCAGAAAUCGGAUCAAAAUAAUAAAUUAAGUGGACAAAAUAUGUAAGUUUAGAAUCCAUGAUAUAUUUCAAUUAUUUUUAAACUUCGAAAAUAAUUUGCAGUUAUAUCGGAAAAUGUAUAGCUUUACAUAUUAUAAAAAGUUACCUAGAGUUGUUAUGAUCUCUUUGUAUUCGAACAGUAAAACGUAUAAAUUCGAUAUUUUUGGUAGACCGCGUGUAUUUAGUUUAUUUCAGUUAUUAAUAAAACCUUUCUGUUACGGUUGAAUAAAUAAAAUAUGAACUCAAAUGGUUAUGGGUCACAUUCAUAAGUUUUAUUUUAUUUUUAUUUAUGGCAACACAUUCAUAAGUUCAUAACAUAUUAUGUUUUGACAGCACAGACUAAAUAUUACAACUGUCAAAUAAUUUUUUAGUACGUCAACAUUUGCGAAUGAUUUUCAAGGACAUAAAAUUAUACAAUAUACUUAAAUGUAGAUAGUACAAUGAAAUACCUGUAUGAUAAGUACAAUUUAUCAAUUUAUAAAUAAAUUAUUGCUUUGUAAAUGGUUCUUUAUUUACGCGAAUUUGAUUCGAAUUAUCAUUUUAUUGUAUUGAAAAUUUCUUUUUUAAAUUUUUGAACGGUAUUUUCAUAGAAAUUUAAGGUAAACCGUCCAAAAUGUUUACAAUCUUACGAUUCGAUGUAGAUAAUACCAAAAAUAUCGAAUUAUACAGUAACAGUCAUAUAAUGGGUAUCUAGUUGUUGUAUGUAGAAUUAAAUACUAGCUGUAAGGUGUAUCAUUAAAAGGUUUUGUUUUUUUUCUCUUAUUUUCUUUUAUUCGUCAUAUUUGUAAUAUAUUUUCUAGUACGUUUUGUGUUAGUGCUUUCUUAGGAAUUAAAAUACUUUUAUUUUCAUAUUUAUAUACUUAUAUUAUUUAAAAUAUUUACUUUAUUAAAAAUUUGAUCAUUGAUCUAAAAUUGUUGGACAAUAAUAUAUCAAUUGCUAAUGUGAUGGCCAAAUAAUAACAACAAAUAACAGGAAAGCAGAUCUUGUUAAAACAGAUAAUGAAAAAUAUAUGUUUAAUUUAUUGCUGUUUUCGGCCUAAUUAGUCAAAAUAUGUAAAAAGGCUACCUAUAUAUUUCCUCUUGAUGCCGUACAUUUUUAAAUACAGUGUCCACACUAUACAAGUAUUAUUAUAGUAGCUGUUUUGGUAGGAAAUCAGGCUACGUGCUAUUUUGAUUUAACCGAUAACAAACAUUAAUAAAUAAUAUAAGUACCACAAAACAACUAAGUUUAAAAGUCAAAUUAACUUUCUUGCUUACUAAGUAGGUAGUUCAAUUAUAUUAGUAGCAAAAAAUCAAAUUAAAACUGUUAAUCGUAAUAAUUAAAGAGACAUUUGCUCAAAGUCUACAUAAGGUAAGAAUCACCAUUGAAGCAUAUCGUUUUUUAAUUCCAUAGUAGUGACAAAAUAAUGUAUCUCAACAUUUUUGAUAAAACUAUUUGGGUAAUUGUUUAAUUUUCCUAAUAUUUAAAAGAGAUUCCAAAUUAACAUUUGUCUCUAAAUUAACAUUUUGUGACAUACAUGAGACAAGUAAAUAUAUAUAAAAACUUAAAAAAAAUCAUUAAAGUAACAAAGAAUUCAAUUUCUGGAAUAAAAUGUUACUCAUACCUAUACCCUCACUAAUUUUACUGUCUAAAAAUAAGUAAGAAAAGUGAUUAAUUUUACUACAGCGCGUGUGUUUGACGUGUGUGCUUUUUUUUUCAAAAUGGCGCGUAGCCUGUCUGAACCUUUAAUAUAAUAUGAGAAAAUGUACUUACUUGUAAAUAGCUUCCAUAGUUUAGUUAUUUCUGUAUAACAUUCUUGCUGUAAGCUGUUAAAAUGUAUACUUACUAUAAAUCUGAAAAUUAUCCUAUAACGGCUUAUCUGGAAUUUUUAUUACGCGAUUGUGAUAUAAGUGAGAUUAAUGAGUUUUAUGUAUAAACCGUAAAGAGUGGUGGAUAAAAAAUUUCAAAGUUGCGUACCUAUAAAGUUCUUCUUUUUUCCAUAGACUUUUUUUUCUUUUUUGUCGUGAGCAUGGCAACGCAUAGUUUAUGAUCUAUGAUCUUAUUAGUAUGUUGCCAAUUUGUUUAUGGUAACAUUAUUAAAACCGAACAAAAAACUGGUUGUAAUAUACUCUAAGUUUAAAAAUAUAAAUGAAAUCGAUGAUAAUUGAAUGUUUUGCGUUAAAUUAAAGUAGUUACUUGCAUGAAAAUUAUUACUAUCCAUCCCAUUUUAUUAUAUAAGUUUUACAGAUUAAAACAGAUUAAACGAACGUAUUAUUGAGUUGUUGAUUCGUUUAACUUCGAGUCAAUUAUCUAUUUAUAACUGUAAAAAUAGUAAUUUAAGGUGAUAAUAUACUUAAAACAUUCUUGUUUUAUGUUAAGUGUUGCUUUUAGUUGUAUUUAAUGUUGUGUUCACAUUGAACUUCGGCUAUAAAACUAGUUAUUCUUUAAGUAUUUGAUACUAAAUCAUAAAAUGUAAAUUUGGUCAUAUAACAUAUUGUGUGCUCUGAUAUAGAUUUAGUUUUGUGUGAACGCAACAUAAGCCUAAAUCGCCUCUAUUCUUACUACCUUUAGAUCCAUAUUUGCGCGAACUUUAAUUAUAAAGAUAACUCUUGUCCGUAAAAUGUUCCUUGAUUUCUCGCACUUCAUAAUUACAUAAUAUGCUUAGAUACGCAAAUGCUUUAUGAAAUAGCUGGUCAUAUAACGAAUUAAUUAGAUCAUUUCCAAUUGUGCAUUUCUUUUGUGUACUAUAAUUGUUUUAUAAUAUAUUAUUUGUUUUAAAAUA